UGGCGUUGCUGUGGUAACCGCAGUAAACGGAGGACUGAAGGGAUCCUCGGUGGAUAGAAAUCCGCGAUCCGGGUCGCCACCUUGGAGAAAAUGAAGGAACCGGAUGAUCAGGACCCUGAUGGGGGAAAAGCAGACAGAUCAAAGAGUGAUGAGAAGCAGUCCCUGAGGUCUUCUCAAUCGGAGCGGAGAUCAGCUACAAAAGAUGAUAAAUUUUCAGAAGAUGCCACAGAAGAAACAUUUACGGAAGGGGAAGAAUCAUAUUUAGAUGAAGACGACUUAGACCUGGAACAAUUGGAAGGCAGCUCAAGCUCAUUACAAGAUAAUUAUUCAGAAAGCACUAGAGCAUCUCAGGGAACGCCUGCCCCAGCUGUGGAAGAGGCAGAGAAGGAGGUUAAGAAGAAAUUAUCAGAAAGCUUCUUCUACAAUUACAUGGAUCUUGCUUCUAUGCCUUUUAUAACUCCAGAAUCAAACAUACCCGUGGAUCUUCUCAGGCUCGUACAUUCUUUUGGCUAUGACUGUAAAAGGCGAGCCAACCUACAACUUCUGGACACCAGUACUGUGCUGUACAUAGCUGGAAACCAACUGGUUCUUCUAAACUUGAAAACCAAAGAACAAACCUAUCUGCGAAGUAGCAGUGGUCAAGGCAUUGGUGUCAUUGGGGUUCAUCCAGAUAAAACUUACUUCGUAGUAGCUGAAAAGGGGAGUUUUCCCAAGAUUAUCUUCUACGAAUAUCCUUCACUGAAGCCCUACAGAAUUCUUCGAGAUGGGACUGAGAAGGCAUAUGCUUAUGUGGACUUUAACAACAGUGGUACGUUGCUGGCCUCUGUUGGUAGCAACCCUGAUUACACAUUGACCAUCUGGAGCUGGAAAGAAGAACAACCCAUCCUGAGGAGAAAAGCUUUUUCCCAGGAAGUUUUUAAGGUUACUUUCAAUCCCGAAGAUGAAGAACAGCUUACCACAGCAGGUUCAGGCCACAUCAAGUUCUGGGAAAUGGCUUUUACAUUUACUGGUCUCAAGUUGCAGGGGUCACUAGGUCGAUUUGGGAAAACAGCCACUACUGACAUAGAAGGCUACAUGGAGCUUCCAGAUGGGAAAGUGCUCUCAGGGUCAGAAUGGGGCAACAUGCUCCUUUGGGAUGGUGGUCUCAUCAAAGUGGAGCUCUGUCGAGCUGGAAAGAAGUCUUGUCACCAAGGUGCCAUUAACCAGAUCAUGCUGGACGAGGGGGAAGUUAUCACUAUUGGGUCAGAUGGAUGUGUCCGG